AUGCGUGGAGGCCUGACAUGGUCAAACACUUCUACUUUCUACAUUGAGGAUGAGCUGCUGCCCCUCGGUAGAAUGCCGUUUCCCAGUAACGUCUCCUCGACCAGUCCGUAUGCGCGCCACUAUGCCUCUCCAGAAUGUGCAGACCGGGAUAUCAUCAUUCUCAACACCCCGUGGACCAAGCCCGUCAGGUUGGAGCUGAGUGAAGCGGCAGGGACAGGACUUGAGCUCAACAGGACCUAUGAACGCUCGCCUGACUUUCGCAUGAAGGCAUUGCUUUGCAAAUCUCAGUAUUCUAUGGAAACACACAACACUUCUACUUCAAUAGGCCAAGGCAAAGAGCCGAACAUUACGUCCAUGGAGUCGGACCAUAUUCAGCCCGUGUCAAUCACGAAAGAUAUGAUAGACAUCCCUAAGUUUGAAGAGAUGGCACUACAAGACACUUGGAAAUACUAUUUUAACGCCGAAAGCAUAGCGACUGAUGCGGACCGUGCUCUGGGCGGCCAGCUUGGCCCUUACUCCGAUCCGAACAUGACGACCAACGCUCCAGAGUUCUUUGGGCUUGGUCCGCUGCUUGGCGCUCUCUAUGCAUUCAACGUUACCGAAAUGUUGAACGACAGGGAGUUUAUUUCCCGCGCAGAAAGAGUCAAAGGAAGAUUCUUCACGGAGUGUCUUCGCGAGGCCUUGAACGACCCCGACGUAACACGCGUCGAAGUUACAAAAGGGAAGGCAACAGUGGUCGAAAAUAGAAUCAUGGUACUCCAAGAGAUCGGAAUCGCUUUGGCUACCCUCUUCUUGGUCUCCUUCUUGCUACUCAUCAUGGUAUUUUGGGUCUCACGACUAUCAUUUCGGCCGCUCGACCUCAGCAUGGACCCCGGCAGUACCCUUGGACAUGCUAUAAUCCUCCAACCCUAUUUUGCGAUGUCGCAACGGCCAACACCCAUCACCAAUGGAGCGGGUCUUACGUACCGUUCCAAAACCUGGGCUGGUGCGGCUAUCAAGGCCGCCCGCAACAAGCAUUGGAUGCUGUUCCUGGUCGCUACUGGAAGCGUUCUCUGCCAAAUUCUCACCGUUUCGAUGUCCGCGCUCUUCGAACGACAAGCUGCGAACGUAUCUCAUCGAGCGAUUCUUGAGAGGACGCUGGAACCUCGAGAGAUACCCAUUAUAACUACGGUGAAGACCUACGAACAACGAAUGGGUGCAGCUAUUCCGGGUCUGCCUCCAUUUGAAGUACUCAACGAUCUUCUGCUGAAUCCGCCUAAAAAUUGGCUUCCCGGCGCUGCCAUUCAGCUAUCACUCAAUGGCACUAAGCCUUCUUGGACUCAAGAUGAUUGGAGUUUCAUACCCUUCAAUCUUACCAGUAUUUCCCAAGUGGAUGCCAAAGAGACGAUAACGUUUCCGAAUAACGUAACAAUCACAACAUCUGCUCUACGAGCUCGGCUAGAAUGCGAGCAAGUACCCGAAGUAGCGAACACAUCGACAUGGCUCAUUCAUCCCGAUGAAAUUGAUUCCCAGGUCACACCGACGGAUCUGGAGGGCCUGGAAAAUUACUACUCCUUCAAUCAUACGAUGUUUGGCGGCAGCCCGUCAAACACUUCAGCAUUUGGCACCAGCGCUAUGCUGUCGUGUUGCUCAAACGGAACCAAGGACGAUCUGAAUUCAGCAGUGAUAGGAUACUGGUCCCCAGUAAAUGUCGAAGCGUUCCCAAACGCAGACAGUCAGUGGCCGAUUCCAUUCGUUACGAAAUGGAUCGUUGGUAAGCCUGUAACAGUUCCAGGCAGAGACGAGAACCAAGGACCAAUGCUGCUUUUCAAAGAUGUACCCGAUUUACAAGCCGCUCGUUGCAUGCCGAUAGUGGAGACGUCAGAUGCCAAAGUGGUCGUGGACGUGGAAACGGGCAUGGUCCAAUCCUAUGAGAUCAUCAGCCCUGUCGGCCCUGCAAAAUCAGCAUGGUCCGAAGUGUUUGUCCGACACGCACCGACCCAUGGCAACGCAACGCAGCAAUACGACAAAAAAUACCGAGGACCGUUGAACGUCACCACGAGUUAUGGGGUCUUAUUCAUGGGAUCCAUGUUCAAGGCCGCUGACCCGAAUCUCGGGCCAAAAGGGACAUUAUUCAUGGAAUCUCUUCGCGACAAUGCCUUCAUCAUGCGCGACGCUGAAACCGGCAUGAACAUGGACCUGAUGACAUACAGCAUGUAUAGCCUCGCCAACAAGGAUCCGCAGGCUUUGCUCGACUACGCAACACUUGUCACACACGCAAACCAUACCUUCCAAACUUUCUUCCAGCACUUCAUCAGCAAUGGUCUAUCUUUAGAGCAAGGCGGUUGGGCGUACCAAAAGAUCGGCGACAACAGUACACAUGCGUUAGGAGAGCCAGUGACAUUGGAUGGCAGGGUUCUUCCGCGACGCAAGUUCUUCAUAUGA